AUGGCUGAUAAAUUGAAAAAAUAUACGUUUCAAAGGAGAAUGGCAAUGAACGAUUUAGAAACGUUAUUGCGUUUAUCCAAUUCUUCUCUUACAGAGGUUCAUAAGCAGUCGCUUUUUCGUGUUCGGUACUCAGAGUUAGACGAUGUUUUGGAGAGUUUUAAUAAAAAUCAUCAAAACAUCGUUACAAAUCUUUUGAACUCUGAACCUACGGAUGCUCAAUUAGAUUCUGAGGACAUUAUUCGUUCCCAAUUUUUAAAUGAUUAUUAUCAGAUCAAGGCUAAUUUCGCGGAUCUCUUUGAAAAUGAUGAUAAUAGUCAAAAAAAUGAGCAAAAUAUCGCCGCUUCGAAUGCAGUACAACCUCCUAGUAAUGUUCGCUUGCCGCAGUUAGAAUUAGUUAAAUUUUCCGGUGAGUUUACGUCAGCAAUUACUUUUUUUGACUUGUUCGAUGCGCUUGUGCACCGUAGACCUAACGUUGAUGAUACGGAAAAAUUAACGUAUUUGAUUCAAAGUUUAGAAGGGCCUCCUUUAAGGUUAGCUAAAUUCUUGCCUUUAGCUAGAGAAAAUUAUGUUAGGAUUUAUGAUAAAUUAAAAAAUAGGUAUUUAAAUAAACGUUUGCGUGCAAUGGCACAUUGGUGCAAAAUUGAAGAAGCUCCCGCAACUAUGUUUAAGAAUUCUGAUAGUUAUACUUACAAAAUUCUCACCAAGCUUGACGAGGAGACUCACCAACGUUUUGAAUUAUUACAUGGGUCUAGUGAAAUGCCUACUUUUAUUCAAUUAUCUGAUUUCCUGGAAAGUCAAUGCACUUCGUUUGACUCAUCCUUGUUGUCGCCUUGUUCUCCCAAGGAUUCUAAUAAAACAAAUAAAUCGCCUUAUAAACACAAUGCAAAUAAAAAUGGUUCUAAAGUCAAUAAUUGCUAUAGUUUUUUUUCGAAGCCUAAUGCGACGACUUGUUUGUUAUGUUCUGCCGAUCACCAUUUAAAAGAUUGUUCUUUAUUUUUAAAUAAAUCUCCUUAUGAACGGUACAACGCUUGUAAGAGAAUGCGUCUUUGUUUUAAAUGUUUAGAAAAACACGAUUCUCGUAGUUGUAGUGUCACCUCUCGUUGUUGUCAUUGUAAUUCAUCCCACCAUAGUCUUUUACAUUUUAAAAGUUCUGAAAGUGCCACUCAAGGCGCUACUUCUGUUGCUGCCGUUCCAACUACUGCUUCUUCUGAUGCUCAGGUUAAUACUGGAGCAUUGAGCUCACAUGCUGCAUCAUUAGGUACUGUUACCUCAAAAAACUCGAGCGUUUUGUUAGCUACUGCUGUGGUAGAAAUUAUGGAUGGUUGUGGAUUGUAUCAACCUGUUCGAGCUUUAAUUGAUGGGGGCAGCAUGACCUCUUUUGUAUCUCAGUCUUGUAUUCGUCAGUUAGGUAUUAGACAUUCUUCUGCUACCUUAUCGGUACAAGGUAUUGGUGCUAUAAAAAGUACAGUGGUUGGUCGAGUUGAUCUUCAGAUAAAACCUGUGGAUAGAGUGGAUCCUAUUUUUAAUUGUGAGGCGUUUGUGUUGCCAAAAAUUUGUGAGGACCUACCCGUUGUUAGUUUGGAUGUUGGGCAUUGGUCUUAUAUUGCUAAUUUAAAGUUGGCAGAUCCUCGGUUUCAUUUAUCUGGUAAGGUGGACUUAUUGCUUGGAGCUGAUAUCUUUUCUCAGUUAUUAUUAGAAGGUAAAGUUCAAACUCCUAGAGGUAUGCCUGAUGCUCUUAAUACCGUUUUUGGCUAUGUCCUUAUGGGUCCCUGUAGUUCGGUUCCUAUGACAUCUGCCACCUCGUUGUUUUGUCACGUGGAUCAAAUGGUUUCGUUGGAGGAGUCUGUAAAGCAGUUUUGGAGUUUAGAAACUGUUCCUGAAGUAGAAUGUUCAGCUCCUGAAGAUAUUCUUUGUGAGAAAAAUUUUGUUGAGAAUGUUUGUCGAGACGGCUCUGGUCGUUAUACCGUUGCUCUACCUUUCAGGGAAUUAUCUCCUGUUUUUCCAGGAAUGUUUGAGUUAGCUGUAAAUCGUUUUCUUUCCUUAGAAAAAAGGCUUUUGAAAAAUCCUAGUGUUUAUCAGGAAUAUUGUACCUUUAUGAAAGAUUAUUUGGAUUUGCAUCAUAUGCAGCUUGUAUUCUCUCCUGAUGAAGAGUUACAGGAAUUUCGGCUAUUAACAGUAACUUAUGGUGUAUCGUCUGCUCCUUUUCUUGCUUUAAGGACUUUGUUGCAGCUGAGUGAAGAUGAAGGUAGAGAGUUUCCCCUUGCCGCUGAAGUUUUGCGUACGAGUACUUAUGUUGACGAUAUAGUGUGUGGUGGUGAUACCUUAGAAAUUGCGCUAGAUCUUCGGAAUGAGUUGAUAUCCUUGUUAUCUAGAGGUCAGUUUGAAUUGCGUAAGUGGUCGAGCAAUGAUAUGCGAUUAUUAGAAGGUCUACCGGAGUCGCAUAUUGGUAAGAAACCUAUUUCCUUUGAUGAUAAUAGUUGUUCGUCACCUCUAAAAAUCCUUGGACUUGUAUGGAAUGCACAGUUGGAUUGUUUUUCUUUUGAAGUGACAGCUCUUUUGGAACCAGUAUAA